AAUCGACGACCAACGACGACAGAGAAAAAAGAGGUUUUGUGACCUCCGUUCGAGUUUGCUUCUUCCAAGUUUGAGAAUCUACAUGGACACGUAAGGGGGCAAGACAGUCAGGAGAUUGUCAAGAGAAUUCGCCAACAGUACACCAUACACACAGCCAAAACAGCGUCAUGAGGGUCUAGGAAGCAAGAGUGUUAGGAGUCGUGUUUGUCAGGACAAAUUGCCAAAAAGGAACAUGGCAACUGGUCAUGCAGCAGAGGAGACUGCCCCUAUCCCCAUCGGAGAAGCAAAGAUGGACCUGACAACUGUAGCUGAAGUUAAGACAACUCUGUCAGUGGAGAUAAGUGAGUCUAUGCAGGUGCCCCUCGAAGCUGGAAACUCUGAUGAAAACUUGCUGAUCAAGGAGGAACAAACAUCCUGUGUGGUUUGCAACAAUUCCUCCCAAACAGGAGUUCCUUGUGCAGAACACCAACUGACGCAUAGCAAAGACCCAGACACCGCUCUGAACAUUGUGCCAAGCCAAUCAACCAGUAACAGUCAGAUUUUUUCUGGAGGAGCACCAUUCAAGUGCGGCAUCUGUGGUGAAACUUUCUCUCUCCGAAGCAGACUUCGCAGUCACAGAUCAGUUCAUUUGGCCAUGGAUACUGUUAGCUGCAGAGUCUGCGGCAAAGCCUUCCACACUAAAGCAGACCUGGAGAAGCAUAUUCGGAUACACAUGGAGGACAAUCCGUUCAGCUGUGACUCGUGUGGUGAAGCUUUCAAGACCCGAAGAAGACUUUUGAAACAUCAAACUGCCAGCCACUCCAAGAGCCAGGAGAGUAACAAUGCUUCAGACUCAAGCAAGACCCACAAGAGGGGCUACGUGUGCACUUACUGCUGUAAAACUUUCAAGUGCCGAACUCACCAUUUGGAGCAUGAACGGAUCCACACUAAUGAAAAGCCCUUUGAUUGCAAGAAGUGUGGAAAGGCUUUCGCCGCGAAAAGCGGUCUUGCCAGACACAUGGCCACUCAUACAUGUAAUGCUGGGAAUAGAAAAACCUUUCCUUGCAGUAAGUGUGGCAUUUCUUUCCCAACGUAUUAUGCAAUUGCAAAACACAGGCAAGCGCAUAAGGACCGACCCCACGUGUGUAGCGUUUGCAAGAAGAUGUUUGCCAGAGCCAAAAAACUGCAGAAGCAUCUCCAAGAGCACAAGAAAGAAGAGCACGUCUGUGGCACGUGCAACAAGAGGUUUCUAACCCAUAUGGGAUUGAAGAAACACAGAGAAAGCCACAAAGCUGUGCAGAAGCUUUACAAAUGUCUCAGCUGCAGUAGAUCCUUCAAAAAAGCAUCCAGUCUUCAGAGACAUCAACGGUCAUCUCACAAAGCCACCAGAAAGAACACUUGCAAGUUCUGUCAAAAAAGCUUCAAGAAGCUUUCAGGGCUUAAUCUCCACCUCCGUACCCAUGCUAAAGCUAAAAACAUUGGUCGAUCUGCUCGUCCGUCAUCGGCAUCGGGCUCAAAAUCCGACAAGGAUAAAUACCUCUGUGGAAUCUGCAGUAAUUCGUUUGAAACGUACUAUCGGAUGAGACAACACAAGCAGAUGCACCAGGAAAGGCCUUUCAUGUGUGAUACAUGUGAGGAGACCUUUGUGACGGAAACAGACCUCAGUCAGCACAAGCAAAGUGUUUGCAUUGAUCCCUUUGUAUGCAAUGAGUGCCAAAAGACUUUCCCUUCUCUGAAAACCUUACAGAGACAUCGGAUCAAACACGUCAUGGAAAGACCCUACCUUUGUGGUGUUUGUCUGAAAUCCUUCAAGAGCACUAACCAGUUGAAAGCCCACAUGUUGAAUCACUUAAAUGGAAAGCCCCAUUCUUGUCCUUUCUGUGGCGAAGACUUUGCAAAGCCAAAAAGUCUUCGACGCCACCAACAGAUCUGUCAGAAGAACCCAGACAGUGGCAGAGCAUUAUUAGCAAAACAUUCCGACGGUGCAUCCGUAAUAAAUUACCCAGUCAGCAAUGAUGGUCUUCCAGCAUCGCAUCGGCCUGAAUUACAGACUUUAAUGCAGGAAACUCAAAGGGCUGCUGCACUGACGAAAAAGAAAAAGAAUUCAGCAUUUGGUGAACAGCCAUCAAACAGUGCCACCAAUUUUGGGCAUCUCACUCCUGUAGCUGUUAACCCCAGUGACGCAUGCAUAGGUGAAGUUUCUGUAUCCUUGUGGGAACAGCAAGAACCUAGGUCAUCAGACAGUCAGUUAAAUGUACAAAGAGGUACACAUGGACAAUCUGCCUGUGCCAUACCAGGUUUCCUGCAUGACGUAAGGAACAGUGAAGUGCAUGAAACCAGUGGAGAGGUAGAUUUGCUGAGAACAUUGAACUUGAGAGUACCCAGAGUGGUUCUCAGUGCCCAGCCGUUCAGUACAUUGCAAGAGACUUUAAGACACAGUGAAUUGAGAAAAGUGUACAGUGAUGCAGAUGCCCAAUCGUCAGAUGGUGACAAUGAUUUUGGACUAAAUGACACUUUUGAUGACGUGGAUGACGACGUCAUUGAGAUGUCCUGUAGGGAAGUCUUCAGUCCUGGACCUUUUACAGAAAAGCAGGAUGACAGCCCUGGUGUCAGUCAGGCCUCGAUACAGAGCACAUCCGUCAGGUCUGCUAACCAAAUUUUGGGUGCGAACACUCCCAUGUUGCAGCUUGUCGUUGACAAGAUUGAGUUGUUCACCUGUAAUAUCUGCAAGAAAGAUUUCCAGACGAAGCUUCAUCUGGACCACCACAAGUUAAGUCACCAAGAAGAGAAUCCAGCUGAGAUUGUACAAGCGGGCGAGAGCUCCAUCGUUCAACAGACGGAAGACACCGAGAAUGCACUGACUUGCUUUUUUUGUCAAAAGGAUUUCCUUCACUACACAAAGCUGUUACAGCAUGAAUGUCCUCGCAUACAGGAAAAGUUUGGGGAGACGGAAGCCACUACAUCUUCUGUGGCUGCUGCAUGUACAUCAAAGGAGAUGUAUGAGAACCUGCCUCAUGUGUCUUUAGUCCACGAGAACAAUGAACCUGUUGUGGGUGAAAUCCAAAAGGCCACUGGAACAGGGAAGAAAAGGCAAGGCAAACGUGUAGGUGGUCAACAAAGUUCCCAUGGAGCACAAGGUAAAGCCAGUGCCAAUUUGGAAUCUGUGUCUGUCAUCAAGUGUGGAGUAAGUAGAUGUAAAAAGGUGUUCGCGUCUCUAGCCCUGCUCAAGCAGCACAAGUUGACACACACCAAGGACAGACCUUAUGGGUGUGACAAGUGUGAUAACAUGUUUCACACUAAAGCCCACCUCAAAGAGCACCAUAUUCGAGCCCAUAUGAACCUCAGAGAAUUCAAGUGCCAGCAUUGUGACAAAGAGUUCUGCAGGAGAUCUGACAUGAACAGGCAUGCCAAGACCCAUGAGGAGAUCUCGGCAGCUGCUGGUGCAAGUGGCACAGCAACUGGACAAGUUACAGAAGGGCAAGGCGAAUGUAGUCAACAAAGUUCUCUCCCAGCAGAUGAUAGCACAAGUGUCAAUUUAGACUUACAGUGCGUCAGCAAGUGUGGAGUUUGCAAAGAGGUGUUUUCAUCUAUCGACCUGCUCCAGAGGCACAAGUUGACACACAUGAAGGACAGACCUUACUGUUGUAAUAAGUGUGAUAAAAUGUAUCGCACUAAUGCCCACCUCAAAGAGCACCACAUGCGAGCCCACACGAACCUCAGACAGUUCAAGUGCCAGUACUGUGAUAAAAACUUUCGCAUGAAGUCUGACUUCAAGCAACAUGCGAAGACCCAUAAUGGGAUUUCGGCAGCUGCUGGUGCAAGUGGUGCGGCCACUGGACAAGUUACAGAAGGGCAAGGCGAAUGUGGUCAACAAAGUUCCCUCCCAGCAGAAAGUAGCACAACUGUCAAAAUAUACUCACAGUGCUUUAGCAUUUGUGGAGUUUGCAAGGAGGUGUUUCCAUCUAUCGACCUGUACAAGAGGCACAAGUUGACACACAUGAAGGACAGACCUUAUUGUUGUGAUAAGUGUGAUAAAAUGUAUCGCACUAAAGCCCACCUAAAAGAGCACCAUAUCCGAGCCCAUACAAACCUCAGAGAAUUUAAAUGCCAGCAUUGUGACAAAGAAUUUUGCAGGAGAGCUGACUUAAACCAACAUGCCAAGACUCACCGUGGGACUUUAGCAGCUGCUGGUGGAAGCGGUGCAGCCACUGGACAAGUUACAGAAGGGCACAGCAUAUGUGGUCAACAAAUUUCCCUCACAGCAGGAGAUAGCACAAGUGUCAAUUUAGACUCGCAGUGCGUCAGCAAGUGUGGAGUUUGCAAAGAGGUGUUUUCAUCUGUCGCCCUGCUCAAGCAGCACAAGUUGACACACAUGAAGGACAGACCUUAUUGUUGUGAUAAGUGUGAUAAAAUGUAUCGCACUAAAGCCCACCUCAAAGAGCACCACAUGCGAGCCCAUACGAACCUCAGAGAGUUCAAGUGCCAGUACUGUGAUAAAAACUUCCGCAUGAAAUCUGACUUAAGCAAACACGUCAAGACCCAUAAAACAGUUUUGGCAGCUGUUGAGGCAAGUGGUGCCUCCAGCGUUAGAGUUACAAGACUAGCAGCUAAAGCAAAAGGGAUUUCCUCAGUCAGUGAAACAGAGCAGGAGUCCAGGGGAGAGGAAACGUUUGCAUGUACUGUUUGUGAGAAAACAUUUUUUGAUCAGUCAAGUCUCUCUGAUCACGAAUGUGUUCACUCCGGGGAGCAGAUGCAUGGCUUCAAAAGCUCACUUCAGAGUCAUGUAAAAAAUCCCAGCGAGUCUACACAAAGCGAUGAUUCAGCAGUUGGUGACACUGACAAAGGUUCAGGAGUGGGAUUGCCUGAUACUUCAGUGGCAGCUGAUUCUGAUGGUGGUAAGGACGUCAAGUUGUCAAUCAAUAACAAUGCUGGUCUUGUGUCCAAAAAGACAGCUGGAGAUGAAGUUCAACAACACAUGGCCAGAGAGAAAACGUACAACUGUAGGUUCUGCAACAAGGUCUGUAAUUUCCGGGCGAGGCUAAUAGAGCAUGAGCGUGUUCAUACACGUGAAAAGCCCUUCGAAUGUGACCUCUGCAUUAGAGCAUUUUCACACCGAAGUGGACUCCAAAGCCAUCAAAUAGGAACCCACAAGAUGUCAUUUCUUCCUCGAAGGAAAAAGAAGAGCAAUUUGAUUCAAAAUCAGAAGGCUAUGGAUAAGGAUUCCACUUGCAGCGAAUCACGUAUUCCCAAGUGUAAUGUCUGUUCAGAGAAAUUUCUGUCACUUUCAUUGCUUAAACAACACAAAAAGCAGGCCCAUGUGCAGGAAAGACCAUUUAAGUGUGAUAAGUGCGACAAAACCUACCUGACUAAAGCCCAUCUAAAAGAGCACCGACUUUGGACUCACGACAAGAUUCGAAAGUUAACAUGUCCAAUCUGCCAACGAGGAUUCGCUAGGAAACCCCAGCUCAGUCGACAUCUACAGACCCACAGCAUUAGGAUAAGGAGCAAUCCUGGGUCUUCUAAAAAAACGCGUGAUGAUGUGGCUGGGACAAGUAGCAGUACCUGUAGGCAACUAUAUGGGGUCAGUGAAGAAUCAUCUUCGCAUUUAGCCACUACAUCUGAAGAGACUGGGGCUAACUUAGACCUGAGUGAUGUCGGACCAAAAUCAACUGCUGGGGCUACAGCUGGUGUCAACCAAUCAGGGCACAUGCCUGAAACUUUCAAAGCCGCUGAUGCUGAGAAUCGUACAGAUGUAAAGGUGCCUAGUGAUUUAAGAGUAACUGAUUGUGACAACCUUUCAGAAGCGUCAUCAGGAGGAUCUGAUGCAGAUCAUGGAACAGAAGUCGGGUCGCCAGACACUUCAACUUCUUCCAGAGCAACUGAUGCCAAGGAUGGUACAAAGAUAAGGUUUCUUGCCAAUUCUUCAAGAGCAGUGUGCUCUGAUGCUGGCUCUGAUGAGGCUGCAGAGAGUACAAGCGGGAGUGACAUUGAACCUCUUUCAAGUGAUGAGUCGGAGAGUGGUGAUGGUUUAAUGACGCCUUCUGCUGAUACUUCAAAGGCAUUGUGUUCAGCUGCAGGCUCUGAUAAGGGUGCAGAGAGUUCCAGCAGGGGUGCCAUUGAACCUCAUACAACUGAUGCGUCUGUGGCUGGUAGUGGUCCCAUAGUGUCCGCUGCUGAUACUCCAGGAGCAACUGGUUCAAAUAAGGCUGCAGCAAGUCCAAAUGACAGCGACACUGAACUUCCAGCAGCCAAACAGGCUAAUGAUAGUGAUGAUAAAGUAGGGCUUGCUUCAGAUACUUCAAAGGCAGCAGAUGCUAAAAGUCUAGAAGUGAUGAUGCAAGAUUUCCCAAUAGUAGCAGAUUCUCCAAAUUCUUCAGAAGUAAGAUUGAUAGAUGCAUCACAAGGAACUGAUGCUGGUAGUGGCGCCGAAGUAAGGUUGCAGAUCGGUGAACAAUCAGCACAUCUUCCGAAUGAAAAGACAGUGAUGAUGCCUCUUCAAAGCGGUAAAGAGAAGAGUCAGUUGAAGGAAACUCUGGAUGCCGUUGAUGUAUCUGCAAUGUUUAGUUUCUGCAAUGAAGAGUUUUCGUCGUUGCUCAAACAACACAAAAUACUAUCACAUGAGAAGAAACUAUUUCAAUGUAAUCAGUGUGAGAAGACCUACCGGACAAACAACCGCCUGAAAGAACAUCUUCGGACCCACAAAAACGUCACAAAAUUCAAAUGCCCAGUUUGCAACCAAGAAUUUACAAGGAAGUUUGAAUUCAAGCAACACAAGCAAACCCACACAACUGAUCGAGUAAUGAUAAAGCCAAAGGUUUCUGAGACUGAUCCAAGAGCUUCUGUUGGUGGUGAUGCACCUGGAGCAGGAAGCAGUGCACAACCAUGUGGAGACCUUGAAGAACUGUUGUCCAUGGUUGCUGGCUCCGAUGAAACAGAUAAUUCAAGCAAGAAUGAGACUGAACCUCAAACAACUGAUGCACCUUUUGAUGGUGAUGGUCCAACAGUGUCCUUCACAGAUGCUUCAAGAGAAACAAGUGCAGCUAGUAGUUCUGAUGAUGAUGCCGGAAGUGACAGUGAUUAUGAACCACCAGCAGCUGAUGAUGAUGAUAGUGAUGACGAGGUAGGACCUGUUCCAGAAACUUCCAAAGCAAUUGAUGAUGCCAGUGGCUCCAAAGUUAGAUCACCAAUCAGUGAAAACUCGGCAGGUCUUCCAACUGAAAAGGCUGUAGUGGAUAACGCUCGACCAAGAUCGGCCGGAGGACAAAAUUACAUUUGCAGGUUUUGUGGAAAGGUGUUCAUCCAUGAGUCAAGGUUGUUGGCACAUGAGCGUGUUCACGCAAAGCAAAAAACGUUCCAAUGUGACCACUGUGAUAAGGCAUUCACUUAUCGAAGUUCAUUUGUAAACCAUAACAAAAAGGUCCACAAUGUAACAGUGCCAAAUCAAAGGAAGAAAGGAAAGCAGAACACAGCAGAAGGCUCCUUAACAUGUUGUCUCUGCAAUGAGAAGUUUCCAUCAAAGACAUUGCUCAGGCAGCACGAAACGUGGUCACAUGCGGACGAAAAGGAAUUCAAGUGUGAUCAGUGUUACAAAGCGUACUUCUACAAAAACCAUCUUGAGGAGCACAAAAUUACGUCUCAUAGCGACAUCAGGAAAUUCAAAUGCCAGGUUUGCGAUAAGGGAUUUCCAAGGAAGUCCAACUUGAAUCAACACAAACGGAAAACGGGGCAUUUGGAUGUUGUAGAAAGAGCCACUUCAAGUCGGAGUGACUUUGAAUGCGUAGCAUGUAAUCACUGCGAUGAAAAGUUUUCUUCAAAGACAUUGCUCCAAAAACACAAAAUGCAGUCACAUGGUGAAGGGAGACCAUUCACUUGUGAUCUGUGUGACAAAACCUACCGGGUGUACAGCCAUCUUAAAGAGCACCAUAUAUGGGCUCACACCAACCUCAGAAGAUUCCAAUGCCGUCUUUGCAACCGAGGAUUCCUCAAGAAUUGCGACUUGGAAAGGCACAAGGUACUCCAUCGGCGCAGAGAUCCAAAGUUUGCUGGUGAUAUUGCAGUGGAAGAUGAAGCAUUUGUUUACGUGUGUAUUUUGUGCAAGGAGGAGUUUUCGUCCUUAGUAAAACUCAAAGACCAUGAAGGCUCGAAGCACCAAGUUGACAGACAUUAUACCUGUUCACAGUGCAAGGAAUGGUUUCAGAACCUAACACUUCUAAGGCAACAUCAGUUGGAUGUUCAUACAAGUAGUGAAGCGUUAGCAUGCAAGGUGUGUGGCAAAACAUGCUCUACGAUGUCAAGUCUAGUUCGGCAUGAAUAUGCCCACUGGCAUAUGAAUGCCAUACAGUGUACUCUGUGUGGUGGAAAGCACUUGCCAUCAAGGCAACCACACAGGGCCGUCUUCUACAAACGUCACAGCAGUUGGCAGUCUGAAGUACAGCGGAGGGCUCAAAAGGGGAGAAGCAAAGUGAAAGAAAUGAAAGAUGCCUUUCGAAGAAAGAGAAAUAGGCGAUUCCAAUGCAUGACCUGUGGCGGAAGUUUUCUGAAGAUGUCAAGCUAUACAAGACACCAGGAAAUUCAUGCCGCAGGUGACGAGCUGAACUUUUGCAGUUCUUGUGGGAAACAUUUGAAAACCGCGAGACACCUGCAUAGACAUAAGCUGAUGUUUCAUCCGAAGGAUCAGGUCGCAAAUCCAAGUGGAGAACCAAGGAAGUGUGAAAAAUGCCAGAUGGAAGUCAGAAACAGAAACGCCUUGAUCAAACAUCUAAAAUACAUGCACACGAAGCAGUGUUUGCAUUCUUGUAAACAGUGUCGAGCAUCUUUCCAAUCUAUUUGGAGACUUCAUGCGCAUAAGCAGCAGAUGCACCCAGCGGGUCCAGUCAAGUUAUACGUAUGCACUGUUUGCAACAAGGGUUUCCGCAUGCAGUAUUUUCUUCGCAAACACAGGGCGAUACAUCCAGGCAAAGAAGAGCUGACUUGUACAUUCUGUAGUGCAAGAUUCAAGACUGUUCAGUGUCUUCUUUCUCACAAAUACAAGAAGCACAGGUCGGGUGAGCAGUUCAUGUGCGAUUUGUGUGGGAAGAUCUUCGCUUCAGCUGUAAGCCUAAAAAAACACAAGGUUAUUCAUUCUGACAAGCGCCCGUUUAUCUGUGAACACUGCGGUAAAACAUACAAAACCCACAAGGCUCUACGGAGCCAUAGAAAAACGCGCUGUCACGAAACCCACGAGUUCAUCUGUCCAUUCUGUGGUAAGUCCUACCCUAAAAACAACUACUUGGCCGUACACCUGCGUUCACAUCGAGACAAACGGCGUUCCUGUCCAGUGUGUCAAAAGGUCUUUAAAUAUCAGAGGAUUCUUACUGUGCACAUAAACAGGGCUCACACAAACGUAAGACCCUUUGCCUGCGACUUGUGCCCUAAGAAAUUCCACAGCACAGCUGCACUGCAAUCACACCAGCAUAUUCAUACAGGGGCCAAACCAUACAAAUGCAAGAUUUGUGGAGAUGCUUUCCGCCAAAAAGGAACUUUGUAUAGACACAUUAAAGGUGUCCACAAAGAGGGAAAGAAGAACACAAGAAGAAAACAGGGAAUGAAGACGCAACAAGCAGGGAAAGAAGACCAUAAGGAGAAAACCACAAAAAGAAAACGGGAAAUGAAGACCCUCAAAACAGGGAAGGAAGACCACAAGGAGAAAACCACAAGGAGAAAACAGGGAAUGAAGACCCCCAAAACGGGGAAAGAAGACAGGAGAAAACCACAAAAAGAAAACGGGGAAUGAAGACCCCCAAAACAGGGAAAGAAGCCCACAAGGAGAAAACCACAAGGAGAAAACAGGGAAUGAAGACC